AUGUCUGCCUUCGAGGAGCUGGGAGUUAUGCCAGAGCUUAUUAAGGGCAUCGAAGAGAUGGAAUGGCUGUUGCCCACUCCUGUGCAAGCAGAGGCGGUGCCACUGAUCCUGGGCGGUGGGGAUGUUAUGGUCGCUGCAGAGACAGGCAGUGGCAAGACUGGUGCUUUUGCAGUGCCAAUCUUGCAGGUGGUGCAUGAAACAGUCACAGCCAGGCAGCAGGAAGCGGGCAGUUCCAAUGUUCCCGCUUCAGGCCCUGUGGACUGCACAUUGAGCACCGAGGACAGGGAUGUCGUCUUCAAUGUAUCCGAGAAUGGGCUGAGCUGCAGCGCGAUGACCAAGGGGUGGGCAGGCGGGAGGGCAACAGUGGGCGCCACAUCGGGCAGGCUGUAUUUCGAGGUCACCAUGCAGAACGACGGCCUUUGCAGAGUCGGGUGGGCCUCUCGCGCGGCCGCUUUUGAGAUCGGUCGGGACAAGCGCAGCUUUGGCUUUGGCAGCACAGGGAAAAAGUCGCAUGGCGGCACAUUUACAGACUACGGGCGGGCCUUUGGCAAGGGGGAGACAGUGGGGUGUCUGCUGGACAUGACAACCGGCCAGAUCUCCUAUACAGUCAAUGGGGCAUCCAUGGGGGUGGCUUUUGAGCUGCCGGCGCAGAUGCGCGGCCAGCCGCUCUACCCAGCUGUGGCGCUGAAGGGCGCGCAGGCAAGGGCCGCUUUUGGAGGAGCCGAUCUCCGUUACGGGCCGCCUGACGGCUGCGUCGGUAUCGCGGACGCUCCCAGCAGCCAAAUCACCAGCGGUGUGUGCCUUGCAUCUGCGGCCGCAGGCGUCCGGACGCCGUCAGCGAUCAUCUUGGAGCCGUCGCGUGACUUGGCGCAGCAGACGCACGACGCCAUAACGUCGCUGAAGCGACACCUGACGUCGGCCUCGCUGCAGAGUGUGCUGCUGGUUGGUGGGACCCAGCCCAAGGAAGCUGUGCGGCAGCUGGAGCGCGGCGCUGACAUCGUCACCGGCACACCAGGGCGCAUCAUGGACUUUGUGGAGAGCGGCAAGCUGGUGCUGUCCAGCGUCAAGUUCUUUGUGCUGGACGAGGCCGACCGGCUGCUGGACACGGGCAACCAGGACACCAUCAUGAAGCUGUUCUCCCGCUUCCCCAAGGCCGGCAUGGGCGUGGCUCGCCUGCAGGUCCUGAUGUUUUCAGCGACGCUGCACUCGGUCGAGGUGAAAGACAUUGCCGCGCGCAUCUGCCAAGGGGCUACCCUCGGGGCGCAUCUGCAUCUGCAGGGCCGGGAGGCAGUGCCAGACACAGUGGACCAUGUGCUGGUGGCUGUGGACCCAAAGGCCGAUCGCUCCUGGCUGCAGACAACCCCAGAGGUGCCCACAGACAACAUCCACGCCUUUGACAGCAGCGGCCCAUCCGUGGACACAGCCGAUAACUGGAGCCUUGCCUUGAAGAGGCUCAAGCCGCGCGUGCUGCACCGCCUCAUCGACGCCUACAAGAUGGAGCAAUGCCUGGUCUUCUGCCGCACCAACUUUGACUGCGACAACUUGGAGAAGUUCCUCAACGGCCUCGGCGGCGGCGGCGGCGGCCGGUGGGCCGGCCGGCGCGAGAGCGGCAAGGAGAACCCGUACUCCUGCUGCGUGCUGGCAGGUGCCCGCAGCACCGACCAGCGCAGGGAGGCCCUGCAGGCGUUCAAGCAGGGGGAGGUCCGUUUUUUGAUCUGCACAGAUGUGGCGGCGCGCGGGCUGGACAUCUCUGGACUGCCCUAUGUGGUCAACCUGACGCUGCCCGACCGGGCAGAGGACUACAUCCACCGCGUCGGCCGCGUCGCAGGGCGCGCAGAGAAGCUGGGCCUGGCGAUAAGCCUGGUGUCGACGGUGAAGGAGAAGGUGUGGUACUGCUCCAAGAAGGGCUACCGGCCGUGGGAGCGGCCCAGCAAGAAGGACGUCAAGGACCAGAAAGAGGGCGGCCACACCAUCUGGUACGACGAGCCGCAGCUGCUCGAGGAAGUUGAGACGCGGCUGCGGCAGAAGGUGACGGCGGUGAAUCCAGACCUGAGCCUGCCGCAGGACAUUGCCAAGCGCGUCUUGGCCGCUCCGGGGUCGGCAGAGGCCGCCUAUGGCCAGCACAAGCAGGGGGACGUAGCCAGCAAGCAUGUGGAGGCACUGAAGCCGGCUGUGGCAGAGCUUGCGCGGCUGGAAGCUCUUGCACAGAGCUUCUACCUCCGGCGCAGCGCCAAGCGCAAGGCACUGGCUGUGUGA